GUACAAUGUCGACAGUUCAGAAAACCGUCUGGUAUUCCUCUGAUGGUGACUCUGCGAACGAAAUGUGGAACAGCUUAGAUGAAAAUUGUGCCGAAUAUCCAUACGCUCCGUAUUUCCCACAACUAAACUCAAGUACUCCGGAAAGCAAUGCGCGCAAUGACGUUGAGACGGUUGGUGAUGAUUGGGGAGAAUUACUGUCGCCCUUCGUGGGGGACUGGAGAAGCAAAAUUCCAAUGGAUCGUAUCAAUACUUUAAAACCCCCGAACUCACCAUGGUCCAACACUAUUUCGACCUCUCCUGAAUACUACGGAAGCAAAGAUCGGAUUGUACUCGAUCCAUUCACUAGGGCGGAUGUCAGUUCUUUGUCAAGCAUCGUUAUUGGCACAGUGAUUUCCGGCGGAAGAUUUACCUGCCCGAAAUGCAACGACCAACCUGUUUUCGGUCGCCUUGCCGACCUUUAUCGACACUACCGUCAAGUCCAUGACAGCGAAGCGAGUCAAUUGCACCAAAAUGGCCUUGAGACUCCUCGGAUUUCUGAAUGUCAUCGGAGUAUCUACUCUAGCCCGCGUAAGAAAGAUAUAUCUUCGUACCUCUGGAGCACGACGACCGCCAUGACGUGUACAGUAUGUGCAUAUGCCAUGAACAGAUACGCUCAGUUCCAGGAUACCGAUCAUCGUAUUCAACCAGAUGGGGAUCAGUACAGUUCCCUCCCUCUAUCCCUUAUCUUUCAGCCAUCGCCAGAGAUCUUCGUCGCUACAGCCAUCAUACACGGAGUCUCAGCGCACUGUUACUACGGCCUCCGAUCUGAAGAUAUGUUCCGCGGGUAUUUCGUUGUCAUUGGGAUGAUAUCGGGGGCUAUGGGAGGAUUGUUAAUGAAGGAGAAAGCGCAUAAGAUUUUGAUCGGGAUACUUCCUCUGAUGCUGAUAGCGAGUUUGGUAAUUUGCACGGGCAUGAAUUCGAUGUGGAAGUGUUGCGGGUAUAGGAACUGGCCUAAGGAACACGAGAGGGAUGGUACUGAUGCAUUUGUAUCCGGAUGAGAGGCACGUGUUUACGACAAUUGUUCAAUGACUUUCACAGUGAGACUGAGGCAACGUUGUGCCAGAUCUCAUUCAUCGCCGGGGCAUCGGCGUUCCCGCAAAUGAGACUGAAACAACAACCUUACAGACUUAUCGAUCCAGUCGCUACUUCGAUCUAAGCUUGUUCUUUUUUUCACUCUUUAUCUCUUGUAUUUGUUUUGAUGGUAGCUAGUCACUCAUUAAUUGAAAUCCGGAUUGUUUGAUUCGAACCAUACACGAGACUGAUGGCGCUUAUCUAACUUCGCGCAUUGUGAUCCAAAUGGCGAAAGGCUGAGAAGAGUUGCUCAACUUGGAUCAGGGAAAUUUUUAAUCUGAUCUGAUAAUCAGCUCACAACGCGAAAGUUGGUACUCGAGAGUGAUGUCAUUUUUGGCAUAUUGUGUGUGGCAAACCGCGAAAGUGAACAACUGGAUAUUUGUGUUCGUUAUAGCCACCGCUCAACAAUACAAUAGUUGUCUGUAGUACAUUCGGUUCACUUCAUGUCACAGUAAAGGGGAAGAAAAAACAUGUGUUUGAGUUUUUUUAUUCUAUCAUUGUUCCCGGUAUCAUUUGGCUCGUGAAGGUUCCAUGCAUCUCUCUA